AUGUCAGUUGAAAAGACAGAAUCGGAAUGCAAGAAUGGGUGGAUUUAUGACGAAAAUGGAGUUGAAUUUUCAAACGACAGGUCAAUUAUAUCUGAGUGGAAUCUUGUAUGCAGCAGAAACGGCCUUGCUGAACUAUCGCAAACGCUCGUUAUGAUCGGUCAAGGCAUAGGUGCGUUUGUCUUUCCCGGACUCGCUGACAAAUAUGGUCGAAAACCAACCCACGUGCUUUGCCAUUGUAUGUUGUUUAUAGUUACCCUGGCAACGGCGUUUGCUCCAAACUACACAGCGUUUGCAGCUUUCAGGAUGCUAACAGGUGGUUUACAGCAGGGUACUGCUUUGACAUUAGUGAUUUUAAAUUUGGAGUUGUUACCAACGAAAACGAGGGCUUAUGUGGAGGUGUUCGGAUUAUUAUUCUGGAGCACAGGGAUCGCUAUCAUCACUCCGAUUGCUUACAUAUUGAAGGACAAGUCAUGGAGAUACUUUCAGAUAUGUCUCGCCUGCUUGUCGUCCUGGGCAUUGAUUGAGUGGUGGUUGGUGGACGAAUCCUUGCAUUGGCUCAUAGCGAAUGGUCGUACGAAAGAUGCCAGAACAAUUAUUAUGAAAGCAUGCCGAUUAAAUAAGAAAAACUUCGAUACGGUUUCAUCGGAAUCUGGCUUCAAUCGGUUUGAAAUGAAAACAACAACUGUUGUAGAAACCAUCGUUGAAGCGAAUCAAGAACUGCUGAGUGAAGCCGAUGAAAUGCGCAUCAAUGAAAUGCGCAUCAAUGGAAUGUCAAGUUCAGGCCUGACGGCACAAGUAAAAUCAUAUACCAUACUAGACCUAGUGAAAUCACGACGCCUGUUGAUGACAUCACUCAUCAUAUGGUUUGCAUGGGCGACAAAUAAUCUAACAUACUAUGGACUCAUGAUGGUAUCAUCAACACUUGCUGGAAACAGAUUCCUUAAUUUUUUUCUAGGAUCCAUAGUGGAAUAUCCAGCUGCCUUGUGCGAAUGGUAUAUGCUGAACAGGUACGGUCGAAAAGCUACAUCUAUGUUUUUCCAUGUCGUAUGUGGUUUAUCUUUGAUAAUUGCAACGGUACUAGUCACCAGUACAGGCGACAACGAGUCAUUUAUGGUUGCCUCGACUGUGUUCACGCUUAUAGGGAAGUUUGCUAUCACGGGAUCGUGGAGCACUUUAUUCCUGUACACUCCAGAACUGUAUCCUACGAAUUUAAGAAAUGUCGGUAUUGGAAUAGCGUCUGCUGCAUCAAGAAUUGGGGGAAUGAUUUCUCCAUUUUCAAGAAAUCUGGCUGACGCGGUAGCCUGGGGCCCUGGCUUGGUGUUCGGCAUAAUGUGCGCAGUUGUAUCCGUGAGUCUUCUUUGGGUACCGGAAACCAACCAAUACGAACUCCCACAGACGAUCGAAGAAUGUGAGGACUGGUACAGGCAAAACCAACUUCAGUUGCGCUGCUGUCACCGAAAGGACAGUAACGUUUGUGUAGAGAAAGGAACAUCUGAAGAAGAUGCGCAAGACAAAAAAUGAGUAAUUGCUGUUUACGGUUAUGUUAGUACUUGGUGUAUUAUUAAUAUAAUACUUGAUAUAAGUAUAGUAUUCUAUGUUUUUAUGUGAUAUUUUUGUUUUAUCUGUAGUAUAUCCCUUUUUCCAAUCAGUUUUUUGUUCUGAAAAUAUAAAGCAUGGAUAUUUAUGAUUAUAUUAUGUUAUGCAGUUCAGAUAAGUUUCAGCUGUUCCUACCCAAUGUGAUGUAAUUAAAAUAAAAUAUUACACCCAAGCAGAAGAAUGAUGUCAUAACCGUGAUAUGUGUAGUUUUGUUGUCGUUUGAAAAAUUACUCAGCACCUACAGUGUUUGAAAUCUAAACCAACAAUAGUUCAAAAUAUCUUCGGAAUAAAGAUAUGGCAAAAACGUUAAUCAAGCAAAGUUGCAUCUACGAAUUUGAAGCGCAAAGAGAAUCGCAAGCUCUGGAGGUUUGAGAUGGCAGAAAAACAAAUAUAAAAAAAAUAAUGUGAUUGGAAAAAAAAAUCUUUUAAUUGGUCUAUUUAAAAGACGUAACGAAUAUACUUCCGAGCAAUAUAAACUAACUUCGUUUGUAUUUGUCCAUGGUAUAGUGUUUUACGACAAAAAUACCUUAAAAGGAAUUUAUAUGUUAAUCCAUCUGUGUUAAAGU